AUGAAUACUGUUGAUGGAUAUUAUCAAGUCCAGAUGAGUGAAUGCGUCCACAGCACCAGUGAUUACAGUGAUAUGGUGUUUCUUCACUCAUAUUCCUUCAAUAAAGGUUUGGAUGUACAGUACAACAGCACUGUGGGGAAGUAUGUGGGGUACACUGAGGAAGGAGUGAAGCAGGCAGAGAACUGGAACAAAGAUCAGACCCUUCUGCAGCAGCUGAAAGCUCUGGUGGACACAGUCUGCAGAAAUAAUGCUCAGAACAAUGACUUAGCUGUCCGUGAUAAAACAGUUCUACCGACGGUUACAAUCAGUUCAGUGAAGCAGGCUGAAGGCCAUCCAGCUGUGUUGAUGUGCAGUGCAUAUGAAUUCUACCCUGAAAAAAUCAAAGUUUACUGGCUGAGAAACGGUGAAGUGGUGACCACAGACGUGACUUCAACAAUGGAGAUGGCUGAUGGAGACUGGUAUUACCAGAUUCACUCUCAGCUGGAAUACACUCCUAAAUCUGGAGAGAAGAUCUCCUGUGUGGUGGAGCACGCCAGCUCACCUCAACCUAUUGUUGAAGACUGGAAUCCCUCUGAGUCUGACAGGAAUAAAAUCGCUAUGGGAUCCUCUGGUCUGGUGCUGGGAAUCAUCAUAGCCGCUGCUGGACUCAUUUACUACAAAAAGAAAUCAUCAGGGAGGAUCCUGGUGCCAAACUGACUCCAGUAAGUCUAAUGUUACCUGAUGCCGACUGAAAGAAGACCUCCUUGGAUCACUGAUGCAUUCUCUUUAGUCACAUCUUUCAUACAGUCUCCUUAUACUGAACUUUUUUUUUUUUUUUUUACUUUAAUAAUUAAAGUAAUAAUGACAAUUUUUAAAUUGCAUCAAACAUA